AAAGGGCAGCUCAAAGAAGAAAAGGGUCAGCAAAUCACACUCGACAGCACCUUCUGGGGCUUCUCCUGCACGAAGCUCCUCACCACGAUCGCCGUGCUACAAUGCGUUGAGAAGGGCUUGAUUGGUCUGGACGACCUGGUUGGCAGCGUGCUGCCAGAACUUGAGAAUCCGGAUAUCAUCAAGGCCAAGCCCGACGGACUUUUUGAGCUCGUGCCGGCCAAAAACAAAAUCACCCUGCGCCAUCUGGUAACUCACACAAGCGGCCUCUCCUACGACGCCAUGCACCCGAUACUGGUAGCAUGGAGAAAGUCCAGAGGGGAACCCCCUUUGGUGAUGAGCGGCAAGGUGGCCGAGGCCUUUACCCUGCCUCUCCUCUUCGAGCCUGGGAGCAGCUGGGUUUACGGUUCAGGCCUCGACUGGGUUGGCGUGCUGGUGGAGAGACUCAACGGUAACACGAAACUGGCCGCCUACAUGGAAAACAACCUGUUCAAGCCUCUUGGACUACGAAGCUCGACCUUCCAUCCAUCCACGAGACCAGACAUCCUGACAAAUUUGGCCCAGAUGUGGCAUCGGGCAGAUACGGGAGAGCUGGCCCCGAUUCCGUCUCCGUAUCCGCUAGAUGCACAAGAUGAUAGCGGCGGUAUGGGCCUCAUUACGUCAACUUCGGACUUGAUCGCCAUUCUGCAAGAUCUUUUGAAGGAGAAGCCCGUCCUCCUCAAGCCGGACUCUGCGGCGGCCAUGUUUACGACUCAGUUUGAGACGAGAACACGUCAAUACGAGGGACUUGUGGGACAAGAGGUACGCUCCCAAUUAACUGGAGACGACACGGGUCAUCCCGAGGUAGCAUUUGGCCUGGGUGGCUUGGUUGUUCAGGGGAAUGUGCCCAAUCUCCCAUCCAAGACGCUCACCUGGAAUGGAAUGCCCAAUAUUGGCUGGUUUGUGAACCGGGAUAGAGAUCUGGGCGCCGUCUACGUGAGCCAAGUGCUUCCCGCGGGUGAUGCAAAGAGCGUGGGGCUUCUAGGGGAGUUCUGGAGAGAGAUCUGGAGCAAACAUGGGCGGUCUUGA